AUGCCGCACGUCACAUAUGACCUCCCGGUGCCGACCCGCCGGUCUACGGUGCUGCGUCGCCCGGUCAACAGGAGCAGCAGCAGGAGCAAGAGCAGCAGCAGCCGGAGCAGCAGCAGCAAUGGCAGCAUAUCCCCACCACCGCCGCCUGUUGACGCCCCUGGCUUCUUGUUUUGCGUGGAGCUUGGUCUCGUCGUCCGCAGCAGGAAACACAACCACAAAACCAUCCAUGAUCUCGAAGCAGAGCUAAGCCGUCGCUUUCGCCAAGCGGGGAUCGGCCAUAUGCUAGCUAGCAAGCACCCGUUACACGGAUAUGGCUGGGACGACCGGUCGUGGGUCAUUGCCACCGAGCCGUGCAUCCGUUCGCGCCCUUCUGACUACCGGUUCGGUAUGAAAUUCGUCUCGCCCUUCAUGAGCUUCAUUGAGUCGGGCGACUCGUGGCAGCAGCGCCUUGACACCGUGAUGGCCAUGCUCAACGAAAACUUUGAGCUCACCACAAGCCAUCAAUGCUUCACUCAUAUCCACAUUGCCCCCGUGGCCGGUUACUGGGAGUUCGACCAAGUCCAGGGGCUCGCCAAGUCUGCCCUCUACUUCGAACGUUGUCUGGAUGAGCUUGUCCCGCCCUAUCGCCGGAAUUCGAUCUGGGCCAAGAGCAUCCGCAACAACCACUACUUCGGUUCCCUGUCCAUGAUCAAGGCCUUCGACCGAGUGGACACGUCGCCGCCUAGUUUCCUCACGCUCCCGGCCAUGAUGAAUUGGUGCUCUAAGUCAUCACCAACCGGCGAAGCGCUGGGCCGCGGGCGAUACAAGGAUUUCGCGCACAACACCUUCCGCUGGAACUUCCAAAACAUCGACCCGGUUGAUGGCCGCGGGACCGUUGAGUUCCGUCAGCCACCUGGGUGCACCACCAUCGGCGAGCUCGUUGGAUGGGUCCAGCUCAUUGGGUGUCUGGCCCGCCUGAGCUGCGGCCACGACAUUGAUCCCGCCGCAGCGCCAAAACUCAAGAGCCUGGGCAAGUGGUUGAUGUAUGAGACCAAGUUCUCUAACGUCCCAAACACCCAUUGCCUCAAAGCCCUCCUCAAGCAGGCCACACCAGUCACAUCGGUGCCAGGCGUCAUGCCGGGGGCCGACCCGGAGGAAAUCACCAUUGAGGAGGACCAACGAUUGAAGUGGGAGGCGAACAACCGGAACUUGGUCAUGGAACAGUAUCGGACCCUGAUGCUUAUUUAUUGA